AUGCUGGCGGUGGUGCUAAUAUUUGUGACGUGUGCGGUAUGGGCCUGGUGGCGCAGGACUAAAAACAAAAACGAACCCCCUGCUUUCCCUGGCGGCUUGCCUUUGAUAGGGCAUGCACAUCUUUUAAUUGGAGAUAGUAUACAAUUAUGGAAAUCAGUGAAAGAGCUUUCAUAUGAAAGCCUGAAAGCUGGUGGAGCCAUAUCAGCUUCUAUCGGGCCAAGGACUAUAUACGUUGUGACCGACCCGGACGACUAUUUGACCAUCGCCAACACAUGUUUGCAAAAAGACAAUUUUUACGAAUUCGCAAAACCCUGGCUCGGCGAAGGACUAGUAACUGGAGAUUUAUCAAUUUGGAAAAUACAUCGAAGACUAUUAAACCCAGCGUUCAGUCAGGUGGUUUUAGACGGGUUUCUUGGUGUUUUCAAUGGACAAUCUCGUCGCCUUGUCAAAGACCUAGAAGCUGAAGUUGGUAAAGGACCGUUUGACCAUUGGGUGUACACCCGACAUAAUGCCCUGGAAACUAUAUGCUUAACUGCUUUGGGAGUGGACUUCACAGACAAGAACGUGCUCAACAGUGAAUACGUGAACGCGGCUGAGCAGAUGUUCAAUAUCCUUGUGGACAGGUUCCAGAAGUUCUGGUGGCACAGUCACUUUUUAUACAGCUGGUCCUCAUUAAGGAAGAAACAGGACCAGUGCCUGAAGAUCUUGCAUAAUAUGUCGAAUACCGUCCUGAAAAAAAGAAAGGCUGAUUACUUGAAGAAUAGGAACUGCAAAGAGAUUGAUGAAAAAACUAAAGGUCCAAAAUUUAAGCCGUUCAUGGAUCUUCUUCUGGAACUAUCAAUAGAGAAAGGCGCUUUCAACGACCGGGAGAUUAGAGAACACGUUGACACCAUGAUCGUUGGUGGUCAUGACACUUCAGCCAGUGUGCUCAUGUACACCAUGUUGCUGAUUGGAUCUUAUCCUCAGGUUCAGGAGAAGAUUUUUGAAGAGCUGCACAUGGUAUUCGGUGAUGACGACAGAGAUGUCACGAAGCAAGAUCUGUCACAGCUUGUAUACCUGGAGGCUGUAUUGAAAGAGACCAUGCGCAUUUACCCCAUCGUACCAGUUACUGCGCGACGUCUUGACAAAGAUGUCAAACUACGAAACUGUACUCUGACGAAAGGGCGAACGUGCUUCAUGUUUGUGUACGGGGUCCACAGGCAUCCCAUGUGGGGUCCAGAUUCUGAGGAGUUUAAGCCGGAACGUUGGCUGGACCCCGCCACGUUGCCUGAGUGCCCUACUGCGUUUGCUGGCUUCAGUAUGGGAAGAAGGAUUUGUAUAGGAAAAUCGUACGCGUAUAUGUCUAUGAAGACCACCCUGGCUCACGUGUUCCGGCACUACAGGGUGUCCGGGGACCACACGCAACUCGUCGCUAAAAUUGACGUGAUGUUGAAGCCAGACUCGGGAUACUACAUUACGAUAGAAAGAAGGCAAAAAUAAUUUGCCUCUGUACAAGAUUUGCUCGCUGGCAAUUGAAGAGUCGUUUUCCCAUAUGAACAAACUCUGUAUCUCAAUCUCAAAAUCUGCAAUCUCACGUGGUGAUAAGUGAUGAUGAAGUCUAAGAUAGUAGCUGGCUAACCUGUUUAGAGUAUGGUAGUCAUACCCCUAAUAAGUUACUACGCGACAUCGCACCGGAACACUAAAUCGCUUAGCGGCACGUCUUUGUCGGUUUUUGUCGGUUGGGUAACAAGUCACCAGACCAGAGAAAAUUCAGAAAUUAUAAAUUCCCAAAUUUCCCCAUACUCGAAAACGCCUUCCUAUUGCGAGCAAGCAUGUGUAAGGCUACUCUUGUACAAAAAUAUCCAUAAUCUAACCUAAACUCGCUUCGCUUAGCUAACAAUACCGUAACAAUAUCCUAGGUGUUAGUAACAACUAUCGUAAAGUCAAAGUCAAAGUCAGGCUAUAGAUGGUAGGUACUUUGUACAUGGUGGAUGGGUGAGAUGAUGGUGAUAACUACAUUCGUAAACUUAAAACUAGAACUACGACGGCUCUAUAUCAAUAAUCAUCAUCAUUCAUCAUCAUCACCAUAUCAACCCAUCACUGU